CAGCACACCGGGAGCAUCCCUGAUCAGAGGGAAUGCUCGUUUUGGUCUCGCACUCUGGAAGAAUCGCUGUAUUGGCUUUUUUUUAACGUUUGACAACAGACUGUCACUGACGACGCAGAAUGAUCCCGGGUCCAGCCGAGCCCUGUGGAUUCUGAGGCCCCGCACAGAAAUCCACCUUGCACCGGCAAAAAAAAAGACCCUCACUGACUGCGUUGCUAUUAGUAACAGUCUUUCCAAGACGGAAUGUCAAGUAGCCCCGAAGAAAGUGGCUCCAGGGGCGGCGGCUCCGACCGUGAUUUGAAAACGGCCUCUUCGAGCAACACGUCCCUGGAGGGUGGACCUCCACCACCGCUGCACCAGAACCGCAUACGGCAGUCUGACAGUAACACCAGUUUCCUCCGGGCUGCUCGAGCGGGGAACACUGACAAAGUCCUUGAAUUCCUCAAAAAUGGAGUGGACAUCACCACCUGUAACCAGAAUGGACUCAAUGCAUUGCAUCUGGCAGCUAAGGAAGGCCACACAGAUUUAGUGGAGGAACUGCUGCAGAGAGGAGCACCUGUUGACUCAUCCACUAAGAAAGGAAACACUGCCCUCCACAUUGCCUCAUUGGCUGGACAGAAAGAAGUUGUCAAACUGUUGGUGAAAAGAGGAGCAGAUGUUAAUUCUCAGUCACAGAAUGGCUUCACUCCGCUCUACAUGGCAGCACAGGAGAAUCAUUUGGAUGUGGUGCAAUACCUGCUGGAAAAUGAAGGAAACCAAAGCAUUGCAACUGAAGAUGGCUUCACUCCACUUGCUAUUGCUCUCCAGCAGGGUCACAACUCAGUUGUCUCCCUGCUUUUGGAGCAUGACACUAAGGGUAAGGUCCGUCUGCCGGCUCUGCACAUAGCAGCUCGCAAAGACGACACCAAAUCUGCUGCACUACUUCUCCAGAACGACCACAAUGCUGAUGUCCAAUCUAAGAUGAUGGUCAAUAGGACCACAGAGAAUGGGAAGAGUGGUUUCACCCCCCUGCACAUCGCAGCUCACUAUGGUAACGUGAACGUCUCCACUCUGUUACUGAACAGAGGAGCUGCUGUUGACUUCACAGCCAGGAAUGGGAUAACACCUCUCCAUGUUGCAUCUAAGAGAGGCAACACCAACAUGGUGGCUCUGUUGUUGGAUCGAAGUGCUCAGAUAGAUGCUAAAACAAGGGAUGGUCUGACGCCCCUGCAUUGUGCAGCCAGGAGUGGACAUGACCCAGCAGUGGAAAUUCUCUUGGAAAGAGGAGCACCCAUCUUAGCCAGAACCAAGAACGGACUGUCCCCACUGCACAUGUCAGCCCAGGGAGAUCACAUAGAGUGUGUGAAACUCCUGCUGCAACACAAGGCGCCCGUUGAUGAUGUUACAUUGGACUACCUCACGGCGCUACAUGUCGCAGCUCACUGUGGCCACUACAGAGUUACCAAACUCCUCCUAGACAAGAAAGCCAAUCCUAAUGCUAGAGCGCUGAAUGGUUUUACUCCUCUCCACAUUGCCUGUAAGAAGAACCGAGUGAAGGUCAUGGAACUGUUAAUUAAAUAUGGCGCCUCCAUCCAGGCAAUCACUGAGUCUGGAUUGACUCCCAUCCAUGUAGCUGCUUUCAUGGGUCACCUCAACAUUGUUCUACUUCUGCUGCAGAAUGGGGCCUCUCCUGAUGUCCGUAACAUUCGUGGUGAGACAGCUCUUCACAUGGCAGCACGAGCAGGUCAGAUGGAAGUGGUUCGCUGUUUGCUGAGAAAUGGAGCGUUGGUGGAUGCCAUGGCCAGGGAGGACCAGACACCACUCCACAUUGCAUCCCGUUUAGGAAAAACUGACAUUGUCCAGCUGCUGCUACAGCACAUGGCCCAUCCAGAUGCUGCCACCACCAAUGGCUACACUCCUCUCCACAUUUCAGCCAGAGAGGGUCAGGUAGAGACUGCUGCCGUACUGCUGGAGGCUGGAGCCUCACACUCACUGGCCACUAAGAAAGGAUUCACUCCCUUACAUGUAGCAGCAAAAUAUGGAAGCCUUGAUGUAGCAAAACUUCUCCUUCAACGUAAAGCUCUUCCUGAUGAUGCUGGGAAGAAUGGCCUUACUCCACUACAUGUAGCAGCUCACUAUGACAACCAAGAUGUGGCUCUGCUGCUGCUGGACAAAGGAGCAUCACCUCAUGUCACUGCAAAGAAUGGCUACACUCCUCUCCACAUUGCAGCCAAAAAGAACCAAGCAAACAUUGCAUUAGCACUGCUGCAGUAUGGAGCAGAAACCAAUGUUCUAACCAAGCAAGGAGUCAGCCCUUUGCAUCUGGCAGCCCAAGAAGGACAUACUGAGAUGGUCAGCCUACUGCUGGACAAAGGAGCUCAUGUCAACACUGCUACCAAGAGCGGGUUGACUCCUUUGCAUCUCACAGCCCAAGAAGACAGGGUCAAUGCAGCAGAAGUACUGGCUAAACACGAUGCUAACUUGGACCAACAAACUAAACUUGGAUACACUCCUUUGAUCGUGGCAUGUCAUUACGGAAACCUGAAAAUGGUGAACUUCUUACUGCAACAAGGCGCCAACGUCAACACCAAAACCAAGAACGGUUACACACCACUGCACCAGGCGGCACAACAAGGGAACACUCACAUAAUCAAUGUUUUGCUACAGCACGGGGCCAAACCCAACACCACUACAGUGAACGGGAACACUGCCCUGUCGAUUGCCAGACGCCUGGGUUACAUCUCUGUGGUGGACACACUGAAAGUUGUCACUGAAGAAGUAAUUACUACCACAACGACGGUGACAGAGAAACACAAACUCAAUGUUCCAGAGACCAUGACUGAGAUCCUUGAUGUGUCUGAUGAAGAAGGUGAGGACACUAUGACAGGUGAUGGAGGAGAGUAUCUGAGAGCAGAGGACCUCCGAGAACUGGGAGACGACUCUCUGCCAGGACAUUAUCUGGAUGGCUUCAGCUACAUGAGCCACAACCUGGACAGGCCCCAGCACACUCCUAUCCAUCAAAGCUUCCACCAGAGAGACGGAGUUCUCAUUGAAGACUUGUUGACAAGCCACCAGGUGUCUGCGCUGUCUAGAGAGCAUGACAAGGACUCGUUCCGGCUGAGCUGGGGUGCCGAACACCUUGAUAAUGUUGUACUGUCCUCCAGUCUGCUGCACUCUGGCCGUUCCUCUCCAUGCCUAGACCAUGACAACAGCAGUUUCCUGGUCAGCUUCAUGGUAGACGCCAGAGGCGGAGCUAUGCGUGGUUGUCGUCACAAUGGCCUGAGAAUCAUUGUACCGCCAAGAAAGUGCUCCGCACCUACGCGAGUGACAUGCAGGCUGGUCAAGAGGCAUCGUUUGGCCUCAAUGCCCCCUAUGGUGGAGGGUGAAGGGUUGGCUGGUCGAAUCAUAGAAGUUGGACCCACUGGAGCUCAGUUCUUGGGUAAGCUCCACCUUCCUACAGCUCCGCCCCCUCUGAAUGAGGGCGAGAGCUUGGUCAGUCGCAUCCUGCAGCUGGGUCCUCCAGGAACCAAGUUCCUCGGGCCCGUGAUUGUAGAGAUUCCCCAUUUUGCUGCUCUGCGGGGCACGGAGAGAGAGCUUGUCAUCUUGAGGAGUGAAACAGGAGAAAGCUGGAAAGAACACCACUGUGACUUCACUGAGGAGGAGCUGAACCAGAUACUUAAUGGCAUGGAUGAAAAACUGGAUUCCCCUGAAGAGCUUGAGAAGAAAAGAAUAUGCCGCAUCAUCACAAGAGACUUCCCGCAGUAUUUUGCUGUGGUGUCCAGGAUAAAGCAGGAUAGUCAUUUGAUUGGUCCAGAGGGCGGGGUCCUCAGUAGUACUCUAGCGCCCCAGGUCCAGGCUGUCUUUCCUGAGGGCGCCCUUACAAAGAAGAUUAGAGUUGGACUUCAGGCUCAGCCCAUCAAUGUUGAGGUUGUAAGAAAGAUUCUUGGCAACAAAGCCACAUUUAGUCCUAUUGUCACAUUGGAGCCAAGACGGAGGAAAUUCCACAAACCAAUCACCAUGACAAUCCCAAUUCCCCAAAGCUCCAACAGUGAGGGACCCAGCGCUGUGUUCAAUGGGGAGACACCUACUCUACGUUUACUUUGCAGUAUUACAGGUGGAACCACUCCUGCCCAGUGGGAGGACAUUACUGGCUCCACACCUCUCACCUUUGUCAACCAAUGUGUUUCCUUCACUACAAAUGUGUCAGCAAGGUUCUGGCUGAUAGACUGCAGACAGGUCCAGGAGUCUGUUAGUUUUGCCUCUCAGCUCUACAGAGAAAUCAUCUGUGUCCCAUACAUGGCUAAAUUUGUCAUCUUUGCUAAGACGCUGGACCCCAUUGAGGCUCGCCUGCGCUGUUUCUGCAUGACAGAUGACAAAAUGGACAAAACCUUGGAGCAGCAAGAGAAUUUCACUGAAGUUGCCCGCAGCCGAGAUGUUGAGGUGCUGGAGGGAAAACCUAUAUAUGCCGACUGCUUUGGAAACCUGGUGCCACUUACCAAGAGUGGACAGCACCAUGUGUUCAGUUUCUUUGCCUUCAAAGAGAACAGACUGGCCCUCUUUAUUAAAAUCAGGGACACGGCACAGGAGCCAUGUGGUCGACUGUCCUUUACCAAGGAACCACGCACAUACCGAUGUCUUAACCACAAUGCUAUCUGCAACCUAAACAUCACUCUGCCAGCAUACUCGAAGGAGUCUGACUCAGACCCGGAUGGAGAUGAUGAGAGUGAAAAAAGCGAAAAGAAAUUUGAUUGGCAGGAUGAUGCUGACAGAAAAGAGGAGACAUUAGCGAUCAUCGCAGACCUUCUUGGCUUCAGUUGGACUGAGCUGGCAAGAGAAUUGGAAUUCAAUGAGGAUGAUAUUCAGCAGGUGAGAACAGAGAAUCCUAAUUCCCUGCAAGAGCAGAGCCAUGCCUUGUUGCAGCGCUGGGUUGAACGGGAAGGCAAACAUGCCACAGAGGACUGUCUGGUUAAGAGACUAACCAAGAUCAACCGCAUGGACAUAGUCCAUCUCAUUGAAACCCAGAUGAACAAGUCCAUUCAAGAGCAAACAUCUCGGACUUACGCAGAGAUAGAGAAGACACUGGAUCACAGCGAAGUGUCAGUAGCUCUAUCAUCUGUGCAAGAGGAUGCAGACAGUCCCAGAAUUGUGAGGCGGGUUGAGUCAGACCGCAGACCACCCCCAGCUGUUUCUGAAGAAGACCUGUCAGUCGCUUCACUACUGGAUAUUCCUUCAUGGGCAGAACCUGUAGGACAUGUCCACUCAGAGAGCAUGCAUGGAGACCUUUUGGAGGAGCCUGAGAUCCCACAUGAAUCAAACCCUGAUCUCUGGACCUCUGAGGAUGCAAUUUCACAAGAACCUGCAAGUCAUGACAACUCAGAUGAACAAAUUUCACCUUCAUCUUCCAAGAUCAAUCUUUCACAAUCAUCAAAACCAAAUAAUGUAGAGUUAGGACAGACUAAGGUCUCUCCGACUGAGACACCACUCUUGGCACGAGAUUCAAAUGCUCUCUCCACUGCAAAACUAGAAUUAGCAAUUCCAGAUAUCUUGGACUUGAGUAAAACACAAUAUGGCGUGACAGUGACCAGUCAAAGUAGCUCACCACAGGGAAAAGAAGAUGAACUCUCAUUGCCCAAUCAGAGGGAAGAGUCUGGCUUAGAUAAACACGCCUCUGUGAUACCAGAUUCACAAGACAGCCCAGACAAACUCAACCUCAUUUCCUCAGACUCAACGCCAACCUCACCAGGGUCGGGAUCCCCACAGCUUGAUCAGCUUCUAUCAGAUCUGAAGGAGAUGAAACUUAAGUUUAUACAAGAGACACUUGACAAACCUCUGUCAGAAUCUACUGUUAACAAACCUGAGGCUGAAGAAAUGUACUGGUUUCAAGACCAUUCACAAAGAGAUCAGUACCCUACAGAAGAGCGUGAUACCCAAGGAGCCAGCAUGUCAUCUGUUGCACAACUUGCAGAAGAUAACACAAAUGCUGCAGUCACUUCUAAUAUGACAAAAACUUCAGAGGCAAGUUUUGACAUUAACAAAGAAAGUUUUGUAUCCCCUACUGAAUCCCUCCCAGUUUCAAAAUCUCCCAAAAGCUUCAGUGAAGAGAUUAAACCAUCCAGCAAAAACACUGUAAAUGUUGAAAUAUCUCCUUCAGUAGCUGGUGCACCUGAGAAGAAUCUGACUAAUCUUUGCAGGGAAGAUUUUAUGAGUGACAUUCCUGUAGAUCAUGAAGGACAUGGCUCAACCACACAAUCUAAUGAAUUAAAUGGUGUGAUACAGAAAACAUCAACACAGAGUAUCCAAGAGAAUUAUUUAUGCCAUGGAGCUUCCUUUGAAACUAUUUCCUCUCAGUCACUGUCUGAUUUGACUCCUGAGACGGUUACAACUGCCAGACAUUUCAGCUUUGACGAGCUGGCACUAGAUCCUUCCUCUGGGAACUUUGAGAUAUUCUCUGAUGAUGGAGGUCUAAGGACCUGUGAGCAACAGUCUGAAGAAACUCCGACUCCAAUCGGCCAUGACUGUUCUGCCAUUCAGUCUGCUUCAGUCCAAUCAAAAACCGACUUGGCCUCAUCAGCUUCUGAAGAGGAGUACAGCGUCCCUCUUGGGAAUGUCGACACCUCCUCUGUUCACGAUGCCUUUACCCACAUAUAUCUAGAACGUGCAACAGUAAUGCAACAUGGCACAGAAAGCCCAACCGUUGAAUCUUCUGACCCGGAGUCUUACUUCGACUGCAAACAAGGGGUGUCUGAUUUCUCUGAGACUGAACCUGACGGAUUUGAGGCAAGAACUAAAUCAAGUGGAAGUCAUGGCGGCCAUGUUGGAGUGCAGGAAACAUCUCAUCAAAAAGUGCUGUUGUCUUCUGGAAGUGAAGAUUAUGAGGAUGCUCCUUUUGUCCACACACCUCCUCUUCAUGUGGACAAAGAAAAUGAGGAAUCCCUGCACUCUUCAGAGACUUCAGAUGAAGAAGUCACCUUUUGUGAGACUUCACAACUACGUGGAACAUUUGACAUUAAUAAAUCUCUGAGAAGGGAGAUCACCACAGAGCUUGGAUCAAUAUCAGAAAGUUCAGAUGAGGAAUUUUUCACCACCAGAAUAGUACGAAGGAGAGUUGUCAUUCAGGCUGAGGAAAUUGCUGACCUCCCUUCACAGUCAGUAACGGAGGAGAGGUACAAGGAUGAAAAUGGGCACAUAGUUGUGAAAAGGGUCACCCGUAAAGUUAUACGCAAGUGUGUUUCUGCGGAUGGUGCGGAACAUGAAGAGGUGCCACCAGAAGGAACUCCUCAUGGGUCCGUCACUGUUUCGGAGAGAGAUGGAUACUCAAAGGUGGUGAAGCGGACUGUAGUGAAGAGUGAAGGAGAUCACACAGAGGUAACAUUUGUCGAGCGUGAGGGUUUCCACUCAUCAAGGCAAGAUGGUGCUGAAGCUUGUAAGGUCCGCCGCUCAGAAAAGACAACAUUGUUAGAGGGUGACAGGACAAUGACUUCCCAGGGAGAUCUGUCUUUGGCCUCCGACCUCCCAUCAGCCAACGAUGACUUCAAACAGGGCCCACAUGCGUAAAAGUCGCACCCUCAGACGAACAGUGGUGAAGAGAGCUGGGCAGAACCAAGAGGUCCUAGUAGAGCAAACAGAUAUCUCCAGAAAAGAGACAAAACCCUGUGACCUCUAAAAGCAACUCCACCAGCUCUUUCAUCGCUGCUAUGAACAAGGAGGACAAUGAUAAGGACGAAACAGAGGAGGGAGAGUAGAAGAAGAAUGCUUAAAACUCUCCCCUGCUCCUUGGCUCGUCCACGCUAAAGUCCCUGCUAAUCCUAUGCAUCAGCCACAUGCAAUCCCAGUGUGUACCUCGCACCUCAGAGUUACCACAGUCUUCCCAUUUUUCAACCUGGAAGAUGACCUUUUUGUUAACAAAGAAGAGUUUUUCUUCCCUGACUGGUAUUAUGUAUUUCUAAUUUUCUUUUCAUGUUCUGAUGUUGUUUUGCCUUUUCUGUGACCAAAGAAAGCCUUCUGUUGUUUUCCUGAUUCAUUUUAUUAUGAAUGUCAAAAUCUUGUCUUAGUUUAGUCUUUAUCCUGUGGUAGAGCAACAAAGAAAAAAAAAAUCAAUUAAAUACAAGAAAACAAAGGAACACAACUAACAUUAGCCGUCUUACAAACCUCCCGAAGGUGAAGAGCAUUUUACAGAUAAAAUACUGCUACUGCUGUCUGAGUAGGUGCUCGAAAUGAAAGACAGUAUUUCACAUUGCACUGCCUCUCACAACUCAGAUAUUCCUUUCUGAAAACUUUCACUCACUUUCUAGCCUCUUUUUUGGUUAUUUUCUUUCAUUCAGGUGGUCAAGAUGUCACAAAGAGAAAACCAUGCUGUAUCGACACCGAAUUUAACUGCUGCUGUCGUGUUUCGUGUAGACUACGUGCAUUCUGUCUUUAGUAAUUGUGUAUUCUCUAUAAUCUGAAAAUGACUGACAUCUAUAGCCUAGGAAUUAUUAAUCACUCAUGUGAAGUAGAACAGGCAUGACUAAUCAACAUCUGUCAGUUUGAUCCUAGCUUUGACUGCUUUGUCAUUAAGUAGAUGGUCCUUUAGCCUUUCUUUCCCCACUGUGUGUCUCUCUUGAUUGUGUGUACCUCUUUCUUUCUUUUUUUUUUUGCUCUUUCUCUUAAAUGUUUGAUAGACUCAUAUUGUAUGGAUGGAGAAUGUGUGAGUGAAGCUACACUGCAGGCACUGAAUGUUUCUCUUUGCAUGUGUUGAGUGAAAUUUUGCAUUUUGGUCAGAGGAGAAUGAUGCUGGUAAUAUCUUGACAGGAUUAUGAAUUCUGUUGUUUGAAGUUGUCUUAUUUUAGAGUUUAUCAUUGUUUUAUUUGUAUGUUGGCUUAGUUUACAAGUUAUUUUAGAGUAUUUGUUCAUUUAUCAGGUCCCUCAUUAUUGUAGUUGGGUAAUGAAAUCAUCACAGACUUCUGAUAUGGCAUCUGUGUUGAAAUCAGUAGGCAUUAACAGUUUUAUUUAGGAAAAAAAAGCUUUAUUAGUUCACCUUUUUCAAUAAGGAAAUGCUGGACUAAGUUUGUAAUAUGUUUUAGAGUGAAUGGAUGUAUGUAUGGUUGAAAAGUGUAUGUUUAUUUUACACAAAUUUUACACUCUUGAAUGUCGGGUGGAAACACUUCCAUGCUUUCUGUGCACAGGAUAUGAGGUAUAUUAGAAUGAUAAAGUAACACGGGACAAGCAGAUUGAGAGCUUAAAUAUGCGGUUAUCCACACCCCUGAGCAUCGCUGAUGUAUGUGUCUGCAACAUGUAUUUAUUUCACUAUCACUGUUUCUUUGUGAGUUAGAAAAAUGUAAAAUACAAAUUAGUGGAAGUUCACUGUGACAGGUAUGCUUAUAAUUUGACAAAUCAGCAUCCCUUUUUUCUGUGAUGACAGUUAUAUACAUAUACAGCGCAUAUAUAAAUAAAUAAAAGGGCAUGUGUUACUGUAUCAAAAUUCAAAAAUGACAAAAAAAACAAAAACAAAAUGACUGCAGUGUAUCUAUGACAGAUAGAGAAUAAAAAUCUACAAACAUA